CUUGUUUCCAUACACAACUUUCAAAAUACAAAGCGAUGUUUAGUAAUGGAGUUAACCUUUAACUAAGGAAAAACUAAGAUCUGUAACAAAGGCCUUGUUAACAAGAUAUCUGUGCACAACAAUGUUCAGUUCAACACCAAACUUCUGAGCAUCUCAUCAGCCAGCGAUUUGGAACAUUGUUUUCUUCCAAUUCUGUACAGUUUGUUUCCAGUCAUUCUCGGUCAUCCAAGAUGGCAUCUUUAGGGCCUAGUCUACUAAUGGUUUAAGUUAAAAGUUCCGACCCCCGGAACUCAGCAAAUGAUCAAAAGUCCCAACCACAGGCAGACUUGUUACGUCAAAACCCCCGCCUAUGCCCGGCCUCCACCCCAGCGGCUUAAAAUCAAUGGGUGCAUUAUGGAAGCUCUCUGAAGAUUUAGAUUUAACUAUCCUGCAAACAGCGGGAUAACAGGAGUUCUUGGUAUCAGGCAGCAACAAAAAAAAUCUCUCAGUAAUCCCUACUGGUCACAUAGGUUUAAGAGAUCUUGCUAAAACUGAAAUGUGCCCUUCUCUGUACUGAUCAUUUUUACGUUUAAUCAAAUUAAUUUUCAUGAAAUCGUCUAAGAUAGUAAUAUCUUUAACCCUAAGAUUUAAAAAUUUCACUAAUAUGAAAAACACCAGGAAAUCCAACCAAAAGGAUAAACAAAACUACAGAUGUCCGCUGGGGAAGGGGAAUUAGUGUUCAGACUUAAGUAAUAUCGGCAAUCACAUUGUGAGACAAUGGCUGCUUGGGCUGCACGAGCCUCACCAGCUUCCUCCAUGUGCCCUUCACGAUUCCCCUCACCAGCGGAUGUUGGAGGCUCCACCCCAGCAGAAACUAUAGGAAGCAGACUCAAUAACGUAAACAGAAUGGCCCUUGCAGACUGCACGGUUGACUAGCUCUGUCAAAUAAAGAGCAACUUUCAGUGGAAUUGCAGGAAGCACAGGAGCACCAAGCUUAAAAUGAGCCCAAUCGUUCCCUCUCUGCCAACUGCAACUGUACUUCUGGACUGUGUUAGCAGCCCUGGAUUCAAACAAAAGGUCAAUGAAACUUGGAACCAAGGGCUGAGGCGAUGGGUCAUUGAAACUCGCCGCGAACUCUCCGGCCUGCAAAAGAUCUAACCAGAGAAAAAGAAAAUCAAAACAAACUCUGAAACAGAAAGACACUUAGCUCCUACUAACGGCAAAAAAAACGAACUAUGUAGAAUGCACAUCACGAAGCGUGGUAGUGGUCAAGAAAUGCCACUGAAAAACGAUACUCCAUUCCCUGUACCCGAACUAAUAAGAACACAAGGCCUGGAAACUGCAAUGCAACACAACACUGCACACAGGCUCAUCAUAAACACGUUUAUAACUGCAGGUACCGCUAACAUCUGACAACAAACACCAUGCUGCGAAACAAACAGCAACAUAUAAAUCCUGCACGAAAAUGGCAGCUAAAACAGUGGUUGCACUCGAGCACCACAGCCUAACCACUGGCACACCUACUAAAUGCGACCAUAUAGGUCUAAGUGGCUGCAAAAGCACACCGCCUGGUAACCACAGCAAAAAACGCAAGCUGUAUGGGGACUAGAUACUAGAACAUAGUAUAACACAAAAAGCAAGUGUUCCUAACCUGAAAUCUAUGCAUAAAGCCAGCAUGGUGAACUUCGGACAACCGCAGAAAACAGACAGUUUGCUUCGGUAAAACACCUUCUGGCCUGGCCCGAGAAUAAUCAGAUCAGACUUAAUGGCAAGGAAUACAACAAAAGAGGCAAAUCUAGAUGGAAGAGACUUCAACAGAGGCCGGAAGAAGGCAGACGGCCAUUCAAGAACGAUAAGAGUACCAACCACGCAACAAUCACGCGCAUGUCUAAUCACAUCCACAGCCAAGGAAACAGGAGGGCAAAGCCAAUUAUUCUCGCCAAUUCAGGGAAAAAGUAGUGACGACAUUACAGCCCGGAGACAUGAACUUAGAAUUAAAUAUUGGAACCUGAGCAUUGUAGUGAGGGCAAAACAGUCAAUGGAAUGAGGACCCAUUUGUAAUCCGAAUUCAAAGGCCACUUGUCCUGAUCAACAUAACAUCUGAGAUGAUCGGCUUUGAGAUUGCCGUCAUGAGGAAUGCGCUGAGCAUCGAUCUGAAUGUCGUUCUCUAAGCAUAGCCAGAAAACAUCAAUUGCUAACGACUGAAGAUGUUGCUUGAGGCUCCCAAGUGAUACAAUUCUUCAAGCAUUCUCAUUAUCAGAGAAAACUUUGACUUUCUUAUGCCUCAGCGAAACAACAUGCACUCGAAUAACAUAGUAAAUGGCCUUGAGCUCCCUGAAAGUUAAACUUUGCUGGCUCUCAAACAGAGUUAACAUGCUACUGACAGGCUGAUCGUUGAACCUAGCUUGGAAGCCGCCAAAAGCAUAGUUGCAGAAAAUAACUGCUAUGGGGGAGAACUUUAGCUGAAUCCCCUAACCAUUAAAGGCCUCGAUAUUAAGAAACCAAAAACGCAACUCCUCCAACAGAGGACCAGAAAUCGGAAAUGAGCAAUCCCAGCCAGACAGCGCUUGGAUAGUGGAAUGAAUCAGCCUCGUAAACAGCCUGGCAAUAGGACUAAAAACAACGAGUUGAUGAAACCCGCCACCCGAGCGAGAUCUCUAAAAGUAAUGGAACGCGACGAAAUAAUGAAAUUUUGAGAUUGCUCUUACGCUUGGCGAUUUUCCUAGGAGGAACUUGAAACUGCAUUGUAAUAGUCUCAAGCCAAAUGGAGGGACCUUGAACGUGAAAAAACGAACCUUACCACUGAAGGGCCAGGAAAACCCCAAGAACCUCUGAUGCCCAAUAAAGAUAUCCAAGUGAUGGUACCCUGACUCAAGAUCCCAGGUGAAAAACCAAAAGUUCUGCUCGAAAACUUUGGAAAGACUAUGCAAAUCUUCAUACUUAAACGAAGCUUGAAAAGGCAAGGGUUAAGGUGUCGGAGGUUAAUGACCAGCCUUGACUUUUUACCCUCAGCUACAGACAAUGGAUUCACGCAGUUAGGAGCUCAAUAUGCUCCACAAUGCAAUCGGUAACCAACAGCUUGGAAAUAGUUUCCUCCACGAAGUUGGGAUGGAGCUUGGCAGAACUAUUAGUUCUUAUAAAGCACGGAGCAGGAACUCUAAUGAACGGUAACUUAUAACCGUCAGAUAUCACAUCAAGCACAAAACAAGGGGCACUAAUGGUAGACUCCCAAUAACUAAAGCAAUGUUUCAGGCGGCCUGUCACGCCAGAGGAGCCCUUGAUUAACUUGGCCCCACUACUCAAAUAAUCAAUGAACGGGUGCUCAUCAGUUUCCACUAUGUCCACAUCAAAGUCAAGAACAGUGUCCUCAGAUAGUCAUCCCUGGCUAGGCGGACAGUCUGAAGAUGAAGAACCAGACACAGACUUAAAACAAUUUCGCAUUAAAUGGCCAAACUCCCAACAUUGAAAAAGAAAAGAAAACAACCUUUAGCGAAAACAAAAAGUAAACUAAAUCAGUGCCGGUAACACAGCGAGAGGAAAAACUAAGAACAAACCACUCCUUAAAUACUCACUAAGAGGAAACCUGAGAGACUGCACACCAUAACUUAGCAACACCCAUUCCAUUACAACAGCUACUGAUGAAUGGAUUCCAAAACGCACAGAAUAAAAAUAUAUGCCAAACUUCGUAAUUCAAACAUUAUGCUAUUACAGUUAUAAAUGUUUACAUGUAUAAUAAAACACUUGGAAAUUAGAGAAGUUCAGCUCAUACCGUUGUUAUCAGAUUUAAAUAUCUUCAGAUCUAAAGUAGAUAUUUGGGCUGAAACAAAACAUUUAUUUAUCUCAAAUAAAAGUAAUUGUUCCCCCGUAGAGAGGGGGGAGGGAGGGAAAAAAAACAAUCUCUUAAUGAGUUAGCUCGAAGCUGUCGCACAGAGACUACUGAACACGAGGAGACAUGCCCACGAUACACAGAAUUGUGAAAUGCGUUCAAAGUCAAUAAUUAACAUACAGCUAAAAAUUCAAGAGGUAAAAAUUUGUUCAUAGUGGCACUCUAAAGAAUUGUUUAUCUAUGGUCAUAAUUUAUUGGUAUCACUGUAUCACAAUUGAAGUAUACAUGUAUACAUUUGAGAUAGCAUUUAAGUCUAGACUUGUAAUGAAAUCCUUUACUCAUUUUUCUCUUUAAAGCAGAGCAUGAGAAAGAAUCUGCUUUCAAACGCAGAAAGUUGGAAGAAGUCUUUGAAGACCAGCCUUUUCUCCAAUUGGCCAAAGUUUCAACAAAAUGCUGCGUCUUCCUCUCAUUGGUAGAAUUGUAACUAGCACCAAGACUUCUCCCUAAGGGCUAUUCCCUGCUUAGUCCAGGCUAAUUUCAUUCGAUAAUAAUCGUUCUGGCCGUCAACAUCAAAAUGUACUUUUUAUCCAAACUCAACAAACAGCACGAACAGACAUGGAUCAACCUUCAGAAACGGCUGAAUUUGGUGCAGUUCCCGUACCAGAAGCUAUUUCCCAACCCAGACGUUUAUCAAUUCGUAAAGAAUAAGGCCGUCUCCGUUGGAACUCGUGAAGGAUAUUUUAUUCCUUCGUUGCUAACAACUACAGGAUUCAUACUGGCCUCCAACAACGCUCAAGUUAACAUCACUACACACAAGCAACCACUAAACAUAUUUACCAUAUUUGUGGGAUAUCCCAGAACGGGUAAGUUCAAUUGGAAUCUUUUUUAUAUCCAGAUUUACUUCUCGUACUACCUUGCCCUCGGCACGCCAAUAUGUUUCUUGGACUUACACUUGCUGUCGGUUCAAUCAAAAACUAAAAGAGCUUCUAUUGAUUAGGCUACCUUUCAAAUUAUAAUAUGUUACUUUUCUCUCAUACAGGAAAAUCUUCUGCUAUCCAGUAUGCAGCCCAGGAUCCACUAGAAAAUCUAGACUUCACCGACGCCAUCAUUAGCAAAACCACCUUGUCUGGACUGGUCAAACUUCUUGCGAACAAGAAGAAAGGAAUGAUUCUCUCUCAGGAGGUCUUCGACAUCAUCAACAAGCUUCUUAAGUCUGAUGAAGACAACGCUACCGGAGAUGUCCAGCUUCUCUGCAAACUCUUCUCGGCGGAGCGCUGCUCCUAUCACUACUCCACAGAGGAAAGCAGAGUGAUCCCUCCAAAUACGCCGUUCUGUCUCCUUGGUUCCACUCAACUGGUCAACGCUGCCAAAUUGAUCGCACGCAUGGAUCAAGGACACGGCCUGGUGGACAGAAUCCUUCUUGCAACCCCCCUUGCCUUUCGUCCGACCCUUACCAAAAUGGAGACCUCCACCGGUCAGUUAUCCACCGAGGUAGUCAGUGACUUCUCUGAACUGUUCGAGAACAUAAAUGGAAUCGACGAGAACGUUGAAUUCAUCUUUGACAAUGAAGGGCAGGAGCUACUCAGAGAGAAAAUGGACCAGUUCGUGGCUGAGGUCAAUGAAGCCAUCAGAGAUGGGAAAGUGCUGCCGAAAUCAAAGACGCCAGAACUUAUCCCGAGAAUAGCGUGUGCCCUACAUGUCUUUAAUCACGCCAUGGAAGAACUAUUGGCCGGUGUACCCUCUUCACAACCUGACACAACGAUAUCCAAAACAACCCUGGAAAAUGUAGCAUCUUUCGUGAAUCACUUCGAGACACAGAAGGAAAUACUCUGUCAGUUCCUAAAAGACCUCACCAACACUACUUGUGACAAGACAAUAGAGCAGCCAACCAUUCACACGGUAAAAGACAAUGCUCUACUCGCACAAGGUCCAGUGGUAUCAUUCCGAAGUUUUAAACACGGCAAACGUUCCAAUGAAGUUAUCGCAGAAGCAGAAUUCAGUAGCGCCACCAAGUCACUUCAAGAGGAUGGUUUUGGGCAUGUAGUCGAAUUUAACAUUCCAAGAUCCCGCGGGAAUUGCAAGGUAUUUGUGAAAUCGAAACCACAACAAUGGCCUUCAACAACCUCAGUAACCAGUGCUGAAUUUGAUUGUGCAUUCGCCAAAGGACUUCACUGUGACAUUUCACAACUGAUGCGUGCAUUUUUGCAAAAUAAUAAUCACAUUUAGGCGAACUUUUAAGAACGUUACGUAAUUAACUCGUCCUGUAUGCCAUGACUUGUAAAGAAUAAUCAUCAGUGACUGGAGACUUUGUGCUCAAAUAUGACUACGAAAUAUUAGUUGCAUUAUCAAUCAGUUUCAUUUAAAAACAAGUGUAAUUAUAACCAAGUGAUUAUGAUUCUUUCUCUUAACAUUUGCGCGUUUUAAAGAAAUAAUGAAAAUGACGCCUCCAUUAUAUCAAAAGCCAUUGAUAAAUAACGUGUAACAAAGAAUUGUGAAAUUAUUUUUUCCAAUGAUAUGGAAUUUUUCAUUGUAAUCACCUUUUUAUUAUAAAUCAUUGAAGUGUUGCCUUACAUUGCUUACCAUGUUUUUUAAUACGGUUACAAAAAGGUGACUUAUCACCAGUUAUAUGUAAAUAAACGUUGCAGAAUUUACAAGAUCAAUCAACUUACUCAAUCUUAACACGUACUAACUGAGUUCAAUCUCCUCAUUCAAACACCUCAUUAUUCCUUCUGUAACCAAAUUUGCAUGCCCUAUAUUUACUACCCAACAGUCCGCUAAACUACACAAUUAAUAAUACCUCCAAGCAGACGCAAUCAUGAGUAUACCUCAUUCUUAAAUCCAUGAGCCGAACCAAGCACGCUAGACCUAUGAUGAACAUCAAACUCUUGUACUUGCCUUUAAUUAUUCGUCGACUGCAGGACUGCGGGACUGCGGGACUGCGGCAGCAGUUGUUUUACAUGACUUACUUUAAUUACUCCAUUGUUUCAGAACUGCGGAACUGUGGUAACAGUAGUUGCACACCUCUUAGUUUAUUAUUCACCCACUUCGGAGUUUUAUUUGUCGCCCAGUGCGGGACAGCGGUAUUCCACUACUCAUUAAUUUUUUUGUUCCACUGCGGUAGCAGUGGAGCACGGGAGCAGAAGAUUCAUAGACGCAAAACCGGCCACUUAAUAUGUGUUUUCAAAUGCUGCUAGUGCAAUCCCACAGUCGUGAUAAUUAACGUAAUAACUGUACUGUGUGGCCGGGUAUUCUGAAGUUGCUCCUAUCUUAUUAAAGCUUAUUAUCUUAAUUAAUUGGUUUGUUUUUAAAUUAAUUAUUUGUUUAUCAAUUUUCUUAUUUAAUUUUCCAAAUCAUUCUGUGAAUAGCAAGAUAUCCUGGUAUUAAAAUUGUUAUGUUGAUCAGAAGGUAUAAUCUGAUCUAACCUGCUAUGAACAGUAAACUCUUGCUAUUAAUUUGAAGGUUGCUGCAAUAGCCUGGCCAUUUAUACAAUGAAAAUCAGUCAUGGUUUACACAAGCCAUGGCUUACAUAAGACACGAACUGGGCCAUUUAUAUGAGAACUGCUUAUAUAAGACGCAAAGAGCUUGUUUAAAUGGAUCGUGGCUUAUCCACAACUUAUGCCUCGAUUUUGUAUUGGUUGUCAUGGCAAUCAUGGAACUGGGAAAACCUUGCCUUUGUGCAGUGUGAGUUCGUCUCUUACAUAAGCUGCAAACAAGCCACAAUACUAUUUAUACAAGUGGUUUAGCAUUUUAUAUAAGCCAAGUUCAAAAGGUCUCUUUUCUUCUGCAAUUCAAGCUGCAGCUUAUGUAAUCUGCAGCGUAUGUAAUCUGCGGCUUGUGUAAGACGUGAAUGGAUUAAAAUGUACCAUUUUACACAGCAAAUUUGCAUCUUGUGUAAGCCACAGCAUAUUUUCAUCUUAUAAAUGGCCCUAAUGUGUCUGUUUCUGCUGUUGUUCGAGUGCAUGAUUAUUGUGCAAUGUUUGAAUUACUACUUGAGGGAACUCAGGUGUAUUAAAGCCAGGGCCUGGUUAUUCAAGAGGGUUAAAUUGACCUUGAGUUUAUAGAGCUAAUCUGGAGGUUAAAUUUCCUAACUGUAGGUUUGUUAACCCACAGGCAAAAUUGCAUAGCUCAAAGCCGAGAUGGUCGGGCCAGCUAGUCAACCUCAGGUUAAGGAAGUUUGACCCCCACUUAGCAUCCUUUUUGUUGGUUUUGAGGUGUAAAAUGGCUUUCCUUAAAGUCAAUUUAACCCUGCUGUUUAACCUAAGCUUAGCAUUAACCUACGUUCGAUUCACCGAACUAACCCAAGGAUAUAUUAUGGCCAUUUAUCAUUAUAUGACCAAAAUAAGCCACACAAAGAUAGUUGUUUUCUUACGUAAAACCCACGUAUAUACAGGGUUUUACUGAAAGUUAUCUCUGACAUCUCUGAACAUUACUGGGGUGUCUGUUACACUAUGUUUGAAAGGAAACACUCAUUCUAAAGCAUUGUGAGUGACAACAGCAACAACAAGUUAUUUGUACUGAAUUAUUUCUUUUUGUAGUAAAACAAGGCACACCCACAUCUGAUGAAUUAGAAAAA